GAGAAUAUAAAAACAGCGCGGCCAAUGGGCCGGACACAAAGACAGUUUAUAGAAGAAUUCGCAUGGGCUUAAUCAUCCACCGAUCAUGGUCGAGUACUUUUCCUCCAACGAGUCAAAAACGUAAACAAGAGCGCUUGCCUGAGACGAGUUCAACAACGUAACCCUAUGACUAUGAGCACCAUCGCAGAUACAUCGCCGGAGGAGAAAUCCAGGCCAUCGACGCCCAGCAGUUUGCCGGCGGAAAUCACGUCGAAAGCACUAGCGGAAGCCACUCCAUGGAUCGACAGCGCCGUGCAACAAGCCCUAAGUUACCAAAAGAUCGCAGAAGAGAAGCUCGACGCUUUCAUUGAAACCUCCAGAUCCCGCAUCUCUGAAAUUCGCUCCACUGGUUCCGCACACCUUGAUCAGACAAUCUACUCUCUACAAUGUGCCGUGUCGGAGCUUGGUGUUUACGAGGCCUUGGCAUUUGCAAAGCUUAACGAGGGUGUUAAGAUUGCAGCUUCGCAUCCACUUAUCACAACUGGGGUUACUGCCGGCUUGGGGCUUGUGCUGCUUAAGAGACCAAGGCGAUAUAUUUACUACAAAGGCGUACGCCUUUUUUCGAGCGAAGAGGUGAGAACCAUCACAUUGCUUUCUCAUGCUGAUGCUAAAGUAAAAGACUUGCGCCAGUCUAUUAGUCGCCUCAAGGCUGAGAGUGAAAAACUGGAGCGAACAACAUCACUAGCUGAAGGACAGUUCAUUAACGGAAGGGUGAAACUCAGAGAUGCAGGGAAGCGGAUCCAGGGUAUGAUUCGUUCCGCCUAUAAGAUUGAACGGCAAGCUGCAGGCUUGAAGGAUGUUCUCCGGGAACUGCCCGGCAGAGAAGCAUAUCGGUUUCUGUCACAUGUUAAUGACCUCACUUCUGAGGUGAAGAAAGAGAAGCAUGCAUUGACCAAGGAGGUGACGAAGAUCAGCAACUUUGGGAUCUCAGUAUGAUUUACCCGGCGUUUUUUCUUUUUGGCUUUAUGACGGUGGUGUUGAUAUUUUUUCAACAAUAAGCUCAUGAACACAAAACGAUUGGUGUGGUUUCAUACGGGCCUACUUACACUUGCAUUUUCUAAUCCUCUUGGUUUUCUUUGUGCUGCUUUUUCAUGAUCGAUUCCUCUUCUCCAUGCUCCGUAAAGAGCUUAGCAGACCAGACUUAUGUUGUUUUUAGAUAUAACUUAAAAACUAGAUUUCG